UUUCUCCUAUAUAAUUGAAAAGUAUGAUGCUUUAAAAAAACUUUGGCAUUUAGCUACUAGUCAGUUGAAUUAUUUAUUUAUUUUAUUGUGGUUUGAUUCCUAUAAAAUUAAGAAAUCGAGUUCUAGGGUCAAAAGCAAAAGCGUGUGAAGUGGGUACCAAACCCUACUGCACCUCAGUGCGUGCUGUUAUUAUUAUUGACAUAGGCAGGAAUUUUCCCUACCAAAACUUGAAAGAAGAAAAGCUUCAAUCACUGCGAAACAUGCGGCUAUUUGAUGCAAAAUACACAUCUCCCAACUCCCCCAUGCAACAUCAAAAAACCCUUUUUAUUUUUUCACAUUUAUAAUAAUCACUCCAUUUUUUUUUUUAAUAAUUAUUCUCUAAUUUACGUAUGUCUCUCUCUCCCAUAUUUGUUCUACACUUCCUUUUUCCCUGUAUUCAUACUCAAGAUCAAGAUUCAGCAAAAGAGAAUUUGGUUCUUGAAGUAUGAUUGCUGCAAACAAACACUUUUACUUAUUUGUUAAUCUUUUGCUCUUGCCUUUUACUGAGUAGGUUUAAAAUUGAAAGGGAAGCCAUCAAUUAUAAUUUAUUCAUUAUUCCAUUACAUUUACCUUUUGUUAAAGUGUGUUAGCUGGCUAGACGUCUGUCUGAUCCUAAGUAUCAUUUUUUGGUAUAAAUCUAAUGCUGUUCUCUUAUGAAUAUUUUUACCAUCACAUAUCCUUUCCAACCCAAAAGUUAAUUAAAGGGUUACAAUACAAUUUGAACUACUCAAAAGUUACUAUUUCUAUAGGCUGCAAUUUACUCGAUAAAAUAUCAGUUGGGUGGUUGGGCAUUGCCUUUUUUUGCACUAGGAGGUAGCAUAUCUGAAAUGAUUAUAGGAUCUUCUUUUCAUCCCAUCUCUCUUUCUUUGUUUGUUACCUUCCUUUAGUAAAGAAAUAAUUGAAGUUAGACAAUUGUGAACUUCACUUCUUCAUCUUCUUGCCUCUUAAUUUCAUCCCAGCUGCCUAUAUUUUCAUCUAUUCCCCCUACCCUUCUUUGCAAAUAAGUUAAGGGCUUACUUGUUCUGAUUAUUCUUGUGUUGUUACUCUUGGUUCUAGUUUGUGUUUGAUUCCAACAAUUUUCAGGCAACGACCGAUGAAGAAAUCUCCGGUAUAUCCAAACUAUGAAGGAAGUGAUUAUGGUGGCUAUGAGUUUGAUCCUCAAGUGGAUUUCACACAGUUCUUGGAAGAAGCAAGGCAGCACGCAAGACAAAUGAAUCUACAGAACUCACAGUCAAAUGCAGAAGAAGCUAGAAAAACAAGAACAGGAGGAGAAGAGAAAAAGAGCAAAAAGUCUUGGAAAAAUUCUCUCCUCAAAUGGUGGAAGUCUGACAAUAAAAAGAAAACAGAACCUGCUAAUAGCUCUCAUAUUUCAAACCCAAGAAAGGGUCAUGUUUCUGGUCCAAUAUAUGGGAGCGGCAGAGCCGUUGAACCGAAGCACCGGCGACAAACUUCUGGUCCACUAACCAACCUUUUCAACCCUACAAAGAGAACUGGGAAUGAGAUACCAUACAUGUGUCUUGAUCAACUUAAUAGUCCUCACGGUGUUAAAGCCUAUGGACCUGUUUACUUGGUAACUUAGCCUUUCAGCAACAAAAUCAUGCAAGGGAUCUCCAGUUUCCGCUGCUAAAAUAAGUUGUUCUGGCGGAGAAUGGGAAAUUAUCGCGGCAAGAAAGUGCAUAAGAUCGUUUGAAUAGGCUGAAACCAUCAGAUUCUGAUCAGCAGUAAUGUGCACACAGUUGGAUUAUCUAAUAGCAAGAUCUUGCAGUGAAGAUUAUCUGUUCUUGUUGUUGUUCUUGUUUACUGAGUUACAUGUAUGUUCAGAAUAACUAUUAUAUGUAGUCUAUUGAAUUUUCAAUCUCAAAUCUCCGUUUUUCUU